CACAUAUAUAAUCCUCCUUUGUUUUAGUGUUUCCUUCUACCUAAUCUUGGUCUUUUACAUCGAUAAAUCAUGUCUGAAGAAGAACAACUCGUACCCCCCGCUCAAGAGGAAAUCAAGGCGGAGGACGGAAAUGCACCAAUCAACGUCAAGGUCGUCAGUUCUGCAGGAGAGGAGGUCUUUUUCAAGAUUAAGCGGAGCACGAAGCUAAGCAAGCUCCAAGGAGCAUAUGCCAACAAGGUUGGAAGGGAUGUUGGCAGCAUUCGAUUUUUGUAUGAUGGGAGUCGCAUAACUGAAACGGAUACACCAUCGUCGUUGGAUAUGGAAGACAACGACACAAUCGAUGUCAUGGUUGAGCAGGUCGGAGGGUGCACAGCGUCGUCUUAACUCCUUCCCUUUCCCUAUCGCCCUUGUUCACACCGACAGCCACUUCUCUUGCAUUCUUGUACAAUCUCCUGUACUAACCAUAUCUCUAUCUUAUAUCACUCGCAC